AUGAAAUUGGAGAAGAAGACAAAGAAUUUGCAGAUAGCAGAACGAAAUGCAGUGAUACAUGAAGUCGACAUGAAAUCGAUACGAGUCGAUUUUGCAGAAGCUAUCAUAUCACAUGUCUUGUGCGUAUCGUGGAAAAGCUCUAUAAAGGGAAGCAUAUUUCUGCCGCAAAUGGCAGAAUACAUGCAAACGCAGAGAGGGCUGGACUUUAGCAAAAUUAUCUAUCAGGCAUUGAAGGAGGUUAUGUGCAUGUUUUCGAGAGGGGAGGAUCCUUUGAUAGACAAUUUUGAAAGUGCAAUGUGUUCAGUAUUCCAGCUUCGUUCUACGAAGGCGAGCUUUCACGGCGAUACGCAAAGAAGACCGAUCGAGGCGCUAGGCGAACUGAUAGAGAUUCGCAGUGGCCCAAACAGCAAUAUAUAUCCGAUUUGCCGUUUGAUAACGAAUAAAUUUCAAUUCUUGCCUGAUGUAAUGACAUCAGCAGCCGGAAGAGAGCUCUCGAGAACCUCACUCCUGGGACCGUUUCUCUCGGCAUUGGUAUCUGCCGAAGUGCAACCGAAACUGCUGGAGGCACUCUGCAAUAAAAUAUUUGCCGAUAUUCCGAGGAAAUCGAUGACUCUCCUGAUGCAGCGAAGGUCGGAGAGUUAUCGGAGAAAAUGGUAUGCCGCAGAGUAUUUACAAAAAAUGCUCGACGAACUGCAAGCUACAGAAUCUCAAUGGAAAGAUGGUUUUUUAGCGAUGCACAAUAAAGACUUGAUCAAUCAAUGGAAGCAACAGUUGGAGCAACUGGUUACAUUCAAAUUAUGUGCAGAGGCAGCACUGAAAGAGCCCAUCUUUUUGAGAAGAUGUUUAGGCUUUUACAUAUCGGUCGCCGUAUUUUUGCUGAGUCUUCUAACGCAGACUGCUCCGGAUAAUUCUCUUCCCGAACUUCCGUUGCCUCAAGAAGUUAUGUGCAAAUUCACCGCAUUACCAGAAUGGUACGUGGAAGACAUAGUGGAAUUCUUGUUAUUCACAUUCCAAUUCUGCCCAAUGUCGUUUGAUGUAAAUAUAUCGCCGCUUAUCACUUUGUUACUCGUCGUCGUGUGUACGCCACAUUGUAUACGAAAUCCGCAUCUUAUUGCAAAAAUCAUCGAGGUUCUUUAUAAGGUUCAGGUAGGAGUUUGUACACGAGGAACAGAAUCUUUUGGCCACAAAUUCAUGGCACAUCCUAUAUCCAAGACAUUUCUGGCGUCGCAUCUCAUGAAGUUUUAUAUCGACGUUGAAAUCAUUAACAUUAAUUCCGAAUUUGAGGAUAAUUUUAUAAUAUGUUAUCACGUAAGUGUGAUUUUAAAUUCGUUGUGGCAUAGCCCGAUGCAUCGAGCGUCUAUCGUCAAUGAGAGUAAUAAUGGCAAGCACUUCGUCAAGUUUAUCAACAUAUUGAUGAACGACACCACUUUUCUGCUCGAGGACACUCAGGAAUAUUAUUUGAAAUAUAUACUCGAGGUGGAGGAACUUAUGUCCGACACUAUCACAUGGAACGCUAUUUCGCAGGAGCAACAACAAUCGAGAAGGAGACAGCUGGUGGAGAACGAGAAAAAAGUCAGAUUCUCUCUUAAAUUAGCCGAACAUAUAGUUGCCAUGUUUCAUUAUUUAACAGUCGACAUUAAGGAACCGUUUCUACGACCGGAAUUAGUCGGACAAUUGUGUGCCAUGCUGAAUUUCAAUUUGCAACAGUUGUGCAGAUCUAAGUCUGAAAAUUUGACAGUGGAAAAACUGGGAAAAUACGGAUGGGAACCGAAUCUGUUAUUCUGUCAAUUGAUUGAUAUAUAUUUACAUCUUGACCAUGAUAAUUCUGCGGCUGCUUCAGCCAUUUUUCAGCUUUUGUUUCGUAACGAGUUAUUCACCGACGCUGCGAAUGAAUUAGAGAGAUCCGGCAUCAAAACUACGACGGAAAUUGAAAGGUUUGUAGCUCUCGCUGAGCGUGCGGCGGUAAUCGCAAGAGACAAUCGCGCGCGUGACGACGCUCCUGAGGAAUUUCGGGAUCUAUUGAUGGACACUCUUAUGGAGGAUCCAGUCAAGCUACCGUCUGGUAUUGUUGUGGAUAAAGCAGUUAUCAUUAGACAUUUACUCAGCAGUGCCACGGAUCCUUUCAAUCGGCAGCCGCUUAGCGAAGAUAUGUUCGUGCCAAUGCCCGAUUUGAAAGAAAGAAUAUCAAUAUGGAGACAACAAAAGAAACAGUGCUAAGGUGACAAGAA